AUGUUCCACUAUGAUCUUCUUGUCGUAUUCCUAACGAUUAUUCCUUUUCUAGACACUCGAAAUGUUGAUCAUACCGAAUUCCUUCAAAAAUAUGGGUAUUUGCCCCGUGGCAGUAAUCAAUUAAGCUCAACAUCCUUAUCAGAGGCGCUGAAAAAUAUGCAACGAAUGGCUGGAUUAGAAGAAACUGGAGAGCUAGACGAGAGGACGAAACGGAUGAUGGAAAGACCGAGAUGUGGACAUCCGGAUGUACAGGAGGACAGACACUCUCGAGGCAAACGAUAUGCUCAGCCGCAGUUCAAAUGGACGGAUAAGGUUAUUACUUAUGGAUGCAAGUCAGCCGGCACUUCUACACGUAUCUCUCUCGAUGAUUUACGGAGAACAAUGCACCAAGCAGCAUCUCAAUGGAGCGAACUUGCAGAUGUGGAGAUUUUGGAAUCGUCCGUUGAGAAGCCGAAUAUACAGAUUUCCGCGGGGAGAUCCUCACAUUAUCCAUGCAAUGUUAGAUUUGAUUCACAGACACUGGCUCACGCCUUCUUUCCACCUCAUGGACAGAUUCAUAUAAAUGAUAAUGUUCAUUUUGUGAUGACUAAUUUUACAGAAAGGAUUGGAGGCAACUCUCUCUACUCCGUCGUCGCUCACGAAAUGGGUCACGCUUUGGGAUUCAGUCACAGUCCGGAUAGUGAUAGUGUGAUGUUUGCAUAUGAUACACCACGAGAAUGGAAAUUCACUCCGAUGGAUAAGUAUCGGAUGGAAAUGUAUUAUGGUACUAAGAAGAAUCCAACGAAGCCAAAAGAGGAUGAAAGGAAGAAGGAAGAGAGAAAGAAGGAGGAGAGAGGAAGGAAAACGGAAAAGGAGCACGAAAAAGAUGAUAUUCGGCCGAAUGAGUGUCGAGUGGAUAACCCAAUUGUGGUACAGUAUCGAGGAGAGUAUUUAGUUUUCAAGAGCCAAUGGGUCUGGCGUGUCUCAUCUGAUUGGAAGCGUCUUAUCAUCAAGCCCGUUCCCAUCGAUCAACUCUUCCCCGGACUCCCGAAUCCCAUCGACGCCGCCGUUUCUGUCGGACACCAUCUGUGGGUCUUCGUCGGUGAAAAGAUCUAUGUUAUCUACGGAAACCGUAUGGCUCAUGCUCCAUUGACUCUUUCGGAAAUCGGAAUCGAUGAGAAGUACAUUGAUUUGGCGUACGAAUGGCAUUAUUUUAACCCUCCUGCAAUAUACAUCUGGAAAGGGUCCAGAUACUGGAAACUGGAUGAGAAAAUGGAUCAUCGGCGAGUGGAUGAGCGGUAUCCGAAGGCGAUUGAUUUGAAUUGGGCACGAGUUCCGAAGGGUGUUCAUUCAGCGUUCACCUAUGAGAAGGAAAUCCAUUUCACUAGAGGAGACCAAGUAUUUCGAAUGAACUCUUCUCGAUCCGUUUUCGACGUUGCUGAUGGAUAUCCUCAGCCACUUCAAUCCUUCUUUGGUUUCUGUCCAAGAAAUGAGAAGCUUGUGCUGAACAUUUCACCUACUUUUCACCCCAUCACUGCCCUUCUUACUGUUUUGAUACUCAAUUUUUAUCUCUAA